AUGCAGAGGUGUCAGCGGGGCGGACAAGACAGCUACAACUUCAUCGAGUCCGACGAUUUUCAUGCCCUGUUCACGAGCCUUGUUGGCAGGACCGAGAUCAUGGACCGAUUCUGGAGGCGCAUUAGGGGACAUUCGCGAAAGAUCAGCGUAGCCUUCAAGAAGAAGAUCCAAAAGAAGAGGGACCAUAUCGACUUUGUGUACGACUGUGGAGAGUCGGCGCUUAGGAACUCUGUCAACGAAGACGGUGAAGAGCUUGAUAGCUGGCGUACAACAGGUGACGUGGGGAAAGCUGCUAGGAAUGUGUUCCCGGUGGUGAAUGAGGAGUUUGAUCCUUUUAUUAUCAUGGAGGGGCCGCAAACGCAGGUAAUUUCCGCAACCACUCCGCUCAUGGGUACCUAUGGUAGCUCUGAGUCAACAUCAACCACACCAAGCGGUACCGCGUACCAAUCUGUCGCACCGGCGCAAUACGAAUCAAAGACACGGCUCACAGACACGGCUCCUCUUCCUGCACCGCCUGACACAGAGGCACAAUCGGAACCAAAGGCGCAAGCCGAUACCGAGACACCUUUCGUCGACGCGACACCGAUGCGUGCUUCCGAUCUUACGCAGGUACAAAAGUGCAUCUUCUGCACCGCCGAUCCCCAGGGCACGCACAAGCGCUUUGACAAAAUCGAGAAAGCGAAUAAGAUCACAUGCAACAAGGAGGGUCAUGACAUCUUCACCUGCGGGCGUUGCACUUCGAACUAUCACCCCGUUGCCGAUACAACGUCUGAGCUCAAAGUCCACGCGCUUCCACGUAUCAUCUUGACGUCGCCCGAUUCCAAGCAUUCCAGCGUGCUAGAAUCCUUCAUGCCGAACAAGAAAGCACUGUAUCCUCCACCCAAGAGGCGUGGCCGUGCGGAUUGGCGAGGGUACAAGUGGUUGCCCAAGGUCCGAGAGCUGUGGGACGAGAAGACCAGGCAGUUGUCAAGGGCACGUAUUCGGCACCUGCGACGUCAGAACCGGCAGUGCGGAGGUGUACAGCUUCUGGCCAAGGCAUCACUUGCCUCUACGCCUAUUUCGUUCUUUCCGCCCACGAGAAAGGCCACUGCAAAACUCGAUAUGGUCGCGCAAGCAAUGGCUUCUAUAUAUGCCUCCCCGAUCGCUACGGCGAGCACUGGAUCAGCCUCUUCUCCUAUAGAUACCUUGGCACAGUCGGACUUGCCCAAUUCUGAAGACAAGGCUUCUCGGGAUCUGAAAGACUCCAGCGUAAAUAGGUCAUACUCUGAUGUCGCGCGAGAUGGCGGAGGUACGCACAAGCUACGCGACAACGACCUAAAGCCUCGCAAGACUGAGUCUCAUCGACCCUUUGCUACGAACAAGAACAAAGAUGUGGCCUCCCAGGAACUCGAAAACUUCAUCAUGGACAAGGCAUCGCAUAUCAUCAGCCAGAAGAGCGAGCACGCCGAUACAUUGCGCGCAGACGACUCGAACCCUCAGAAUACGAAGCCUACCCCGCCCAUCACGUUCUCCUGCCGUACUGCUCGCCCCAAGCUCAAUAUCACUUUCGGAGCCGCUGGCGCCGGUGCAAAGCGAGGCAUUUCUUCCGGCAAGGCCUCCUUCAUCGACCUAGCGAAUGGCUCAUCUUCCCAUCGUCCCCUCAUCUCUCCGUCCGUGUACACCCUUAUCUUCACCACGACUUCCGAGCUUUGCAAGGACGAGGACCCAUCGUCGCCUACUUCGCGUCCGCCUUCACCGACUUGGUCUACGGCGUCCAGCGACUCGAGCUGCGUGAGCGAGACGGAUAUGCAUGCGGGGUGGGAGACUUUCGCUACGGCGUAUGACGAUUCGAUUGGGGGACUUUGUUGA